AUGGCACCUCUCCACAACGACCACUCAUCGCAGACCCUGCAGCUCCCCAAGUCUCCUAUCAUCAAAAAGGAGGAGCAGGAGGAGGAUCAGGCAGCAGAGAUGAUCGCCAAGCAAGAGGAGGAGCAGCAGCCUCAGCCUCAGCCUCAGCCUCAGCCAAAGAAGCAGAAGAAGCAGAAGAAGGAGGUAAAGGUGGAAUCCAGGUCCCCCCUCCUCACGCCCCCAUCUGCUCCUGAAAAUUUCUCGGGGCGGUCUUCAUCAUCCCCGGAGGUGGAGGUGGUGCCUCGUCCUGAGCCUGUCAAGUCCGAAGAUCAGGAGCCAAGCGUUGGUAGUAGUGUUGUCCCGGUCAAGGGUAGCAGCGACGACACCUCCCGUGAACUCAAGUACCCUGCUGCCCUCUUGAAGUACCGGAAGGUGCUCCAGCUGAGAAGUAGCCCGAAGCGCGAGGCGACACUUCAGAAGUGGCUGCCGUUGGCAAACCAGCUGAUGGCUGCCCAUGUCAAGAAGCUCGCAGAGUUAAGAGCUGAGAAACUCGAGGCUGCUGCUGCCGCGCCAAUGGAAAGCUGCGAGAGCAGGGAGAAGGAAGAAGUAGAGGUAGCUGCUGCUGGUGCCGAAAGAGCCUCUUGUUGCCCUCACCACGAGGUAGAAGCGAGCGAGGAGGACGAUAGUGACGACGACGACGAUAGUGACAGCGACAGCGAUGACGAAGAUUGGUGGCCUGGAAAAAAUUUGGGAUGGUCGAGAGAUGAAGGGAUGGAAUAUCGGGAAGGACAACCUGUAUAUGGGGAUGGAUACUAG